UUGUCGCUAGUGAACUAUACCGCGCUUGUGAUACAUGUUCGGCGCUGGUAGAACGUCAAAUUAUCGAGAAAGGGAAACUGACAAAACGCAUGUUGAGCAGGCGCGCUAGCGUGAGCUCUGCCGGUCCCAAGAUUUUAACCCCGAUGUUCCGCACGCUCGUUUCCUUGUACCAAAGAGCAUUGGACGGCUUUCAGACAUCGAAGAGAGACGCACGGCACGGUGUCACCGCGACAUUGGACGUAUUCACCUGUCCUGUAGGUCGAACAAACCCACCCGCAAUGUAUACUGACGUGCAAGGUACUGCUUCGGCAACGAAGGUUGCCGUCUUUCAGAAAUUCGCGUGUCCUCGCCAGCAAGCAAGAGCAUCUGUCUAGGAAGACGGGAUUCCCUGGCCCGGGGUAGAAGCCGAAUUUUCGGUGCCCACAUGAGCUUCUUUUUCAUUUCUUUGCCAUGUUCUUAAUCGCUUUACAGGUGCAGCAGCCCUACCUGGCCUUUGUUUAGUUGUGCUUUAUACCUCAUCUCUUCGUUGGAAUUCCCGGCGCUCACUUUCCA